GCGCCUUCUUCCGGUUUGGAUAUUUCGAGCUUCCCAAAGCCUUGAGAACGAGACCUUCUUGCGGAUGGUGCAGGCUGAUCAGGUUGAGCUGCAACGGAAUCGAACGAGGGGUUAGCGACUCCUGAACGACUCCUACGAUACAGAAAAUUGCUCAUAAAUCGGAAGCAUAAUCGACGUUGAUCGAGUCAUAGUUGAGACACGAAAUGUCGUCGACGAGCAGAAUACUGCAAGUUUAUUGUGUCUCUGUGAUCAAUUUUGGGGUGUCUUCGAUCACACGAACGUGUCUUCAUUAGGGAAAAAGGAUCAGUGUGACAGGAAUUGGAUGUUAUAGAGAUCUCUGGAAUAGAGUGAUAUUAAGUCGAACUUGGCAGGGCGAGGAAUCUGUGCUAACCAGACAUUUCCCGAACGUUGUGGAGAUUUUACGGAUCUUGAAGAAGUAAACAGCAGAGGAAGAAGCAAUAUGUCUGGGUCUUCGAGGAAGAUUUUAGUACUGUUACAAGUUCUUUGUCAGCUGGUUGUUUGUAUAGCUAGCAUGGACGAUGAUGAGCCGAUCGUAUACUCCAUUCCUCUGAAAAACUGGACAACAAUACCCGACGAGUACAGGAAUUUAUCCGCGGUUGGAAAAUGUUGUUCCGUGGGCGAAGUUCUCGUUUAUCGCGAAUUUCAGGGCGGUGUUUGCACGUCUGAGAAUGUCUCCAUUGCCGAAAAUUUCUCUCCCUCUUUCCACUUUGCCAAUGCAUCCGGAUACGACCACUACGGCUACCAUCACGAUCGAUUUGUCGCAAUUGUUGGAAAUCCUUGUAAAUACGGUAGGUGAGUAUGCAACUCUUCGGUUUACAUGUUCAAACAACGUGUUUGCAAGUGUAAUCUUC